AGGGGAAUGAAUGGAAAUACGGGUUGCCCUCCACGCGGGAGGGAAAAAAAAAAGCAGGUAUCACGAAUCAGAAGCGCAGCUCCAACAGCAAGAAACGACGGACGGUCGUUCGCUGCAAAGCCCAGGACCAAUGUAAUGCCAGGCAAAACAAAACAGGGAAGGUUGACCCGUGGAUGGAGCGGAUAAGCCAGUCAGUCAGUCCCUACGAAAGUUGAGGGUCCCAAGUAGUAUAGUGUACGAGUGCGAUAUCCACACCAUUACAGUCUACCAGACAACGGUGCUGGGCUAGUCAAGGGGUUAAACGUAAUGGCAGCCCCUCUUGCUAUCCACUGUUGAUGCCUGGACUCUGUGAAUUAUUGCCGCAUGAGGAAUGAAGUUGAACGGUGCCUGGUAGUGUGCAGAUGGUGCAGAUGGUGCAGAUGGUGCAG